AUGAUGGGGGAGGCUUCCGAGGCCGCCGUGGCGCUCCACGCAGGAGGGGAGGACGGCUGCGCCUGCGCCACCGGAGGUUGUUGGGUAUCCGGGAGUACAGGGUCGUCGGGGAUCGGGACGGCGUCCGCCAGCGGGUCGUCGUCUUCGCUCUUCUCAUCGACGACGACGUGGAGCGUGGGUGACGGAGAGGAGGACGGAGACGGCGCGACGUCGUCGUCCCGACCGGUGGGUCGUCGUCACUUCUCGUCCUUGUCUUCAUUGUCCUCCUCGACGUCGUCAGAGUCGGAAGCGUCGCAGAUGAACGGGGCCGCCGGCGGGCCGCUCUACGGGAUGUUGACGAUGCAGGAUCAUCUCCCGGCUCUCAGAACAGGGCUAUCUAAGUACUACCAGGGGAGGUCCGAGUCCUUCACAUCGCUAGCCGAUGUCAUCUGCGUGGAGGACCUCGCAAAGAAGACCACCCCGUACAUCAGGAGGCCGAAGGCGUCCAGACGUCACGCUGCAACGCUGGGUGUGAAGAACAGGUUGUCAAAGACAGUAGCAAAGAAAGAGCCGAGGGGGAGGAAACUAGCUGCGUCUGAAUGCCAGGGCAAGCUGUACAGAUGCUAG